AACAUUCACCAUUUUGUACGCGGAUCUUGUGCCGUCCAGUGCGUUCGUAAAAACAACGGUUCUCCGAUCUUCGUCAUGAGAAUUUACGAUUUUGUGCUCUCCGUGAACAAAUUUUGCGAUUUGUUGUGUGAUUUUAUCAAUGCUUUGUGAAAGUGUUUUCGAAUUGUGUUCAGCGUUGUGUUCGUUUUUUUAUUACAUAAUAGGUACGACGCUAGUGGCGCAGGCACUGACCGUUCUACCGAUGUGCUAAAGGCUGCCAUAGAGAUCAGGAGCCAUGUCGUCGGUGAAGGUAGCGGUGCGCGUGCGCCCGUUCAACUCGCGCGAGAUCGCCAGGGAGUGCAAAUGCAUCAUAGAAAUGACCGGGAACACCACCAUCAUACAAAAUCCGAAGGCACCUCCCGGCACAAAAGACAGCGCGAAAAGCUUCAAUUUUGAUUUCUCCUAUUGGUCGCACAACCCCAAUGACCCCGAAUUCUCCUCCCAAGUUAUGGUGUAUAAGGACAUCGGCGAGGAGAUGCUUCAACAUGCUUUUGAUGGGUACAACAUAUGCAUAUUCGCGUACGGACAGACCGGCGCGGGCAAGUCUUACACGAUGAUGGGGCGAGGCGAGGAGGGACAGGAAGGUAUCAUACCUCAGAUCUGCCAAGACCUGUUCCGCCGCAUCAGGCAGACCACUUCUGAUGACCUGAAAUACUCGGUGGAAGUGUCCUACAUGGAAAUUUAUUGCGAGCGGGUCCGCGAUCUGCUGAACCCUAAAAACAAAGGGAAUCUUCGAGUCCGUGAGCACCCUGCCCUUGGCCCUUAUGUGGAGGACCUGAGCAAAUUAGCCGUCACCUCCUUCCAAGAUAUUAACGACCUUAUCGACGAGGGCAAUAAAGCCAGAACGGUGGCUGCGACUAACAUGAACGAGACAUCGUCGCGUUCUCACGCAGUCUUCACCAUAUUCUUCACACAGCAGCGCCAUGACGUCACUACAAACUUGACCUCCGAAAAGGUGUCAAAGAUAUCCCUAGUGGACCUGGCGGGGUCCGAGCGCGCGGACUCCACGGGCGCGAAGGGCACGCGUCUCAAAGAGGGCGCUAACAUCAACAAAUCUCUCACGACCUUGGGAAAGGUCAUAUCGGCCCUGGCUGAGAUUGCGUCCAAGAGCAAGAAAUCGAAGAAAGCCGACUUCAUUCCAUACCGUGACUCUGUCUUGACCUGGCUGCUUCGGGAGAACCUCGGAGGAAAUUCCAAGACAGCUAUGAUCGCGGCCAUAUCGCCAGCGGAUAUUAACUUUGACGAAACGCUCAGCACACUACGAUACGCCGACCGUGCCAAACAGAUUGUAUGCAAGGCCGUGGUCAACGAAGACGCAAACGCGAAACUCAUUCGCGAGCUCAAAGAGGAGAUUCUUAAACUUCGAGAGCUUCUCAAGGCUGAGGGCAUCGAGGUUGAAGAAGGACCAGAUGGUAGAGUCGUUUAUGAAAAGAAAGAAUCGACUGCCACUGAAGAAAACGCUUCGCCGGUCCGCAAGAAGAGUGAGGCAGAAGUGUUGUCGCCCAAACUAUCUCGGGCGGCGACCACCAUUGCCGAGGAGGCAGUCGACCAAUUGCAGGCGUCUGAGAAACUCAUUGCCGAACUGAACGAAACCUGGGAAGAAAAACUGAAGCGCACUGAACAGAUUCGCGUACAGCGCGAGGCCGUGUUUGCCGAAAUGGGGGUGGCCGUAAAAGAGGGGAUAACUGUGGGAGUGUACUCGCCGAAGAAGACGCCGCAUUUGGUGAACUUGAACGAGGACCCUAAUCUUUCGGAAUGCCUGAUUUACUACAUCAAGGACGGCAUCACUCGCCUCGGCACUUCAGAAGCGAACGUGCCUCAAGACAUACAACUGUCCGGUUCUCACAUACUGAGCGAGCACUGCAUCUUUGAGAAUACCGAUGGAGUCAUCUGUCUCAUUCCUCAUCGCACUGCGCUCGUUUACGUCAAUGGGAGAGAGGUGACCGAGCCAAUAAUCCUGAAGACCGGAUCCCGCGUGAUCCUGGGCAAGAACCACGUGUUCCGGUUCACGCACCCGGGGCAGCGGCGCGAGGAGCCCGCGGACGACAACAAGCAGCUGGCUGACACCGCCAUGACUACCAGCGACACUGAAGUGAACAAUACAGAAAACGUGGACUGGGACUUCGCACAAUGUGAGCUGUUGGAGAAGCAGGGCAUUGACCUCAAAGCGGAGAUGCAAAAACGACUGCUGGCCUUAGAGGAGCAGUUCCGUAGGGAGAAGGAACACGCCGACCAGCAGUUUGAGGAGCAGAGGAAGAAUUACGAGGCCCGUAUCGACGCCCUGCAGCGUCAGGUGGAGGAGCAGAGCGUAACCAUGUCCAUGUACAGCUCCUACACUCCCGAGGACUUCCACAACGAUGAAGACAUAUUCGUGAAUCCCCUGUUUGAGACAGAGUGUUGGUCCGCGCGCGAGGUGGGGCUGGCGGCGUGGGCGUUCCGCAAGUGGAAGUACCACCAAUUCACCUCGCUCCGCGACGAUCUCUGGGGCAACGCCAUCUUCCUCAAGGAAGCCAACGCAAUAUCAGUGGAACUCCGCAAGAAGGUCCAGUUCCAGUUCACCCUCCUAACAGACACCCCCUACUCACCGCUGCCCCACGAGCUCGCCCCACGCGAGGACGCCGACGACGAGUUCCGACCCAGCGCCCCCACAGUCGUAGCGGUAGAGGUCACUGACACCAAGAACGGGGCCACACAUUAUUGGACACUCGAGAAACUACGCCACCGAUUGGAGCUAAUGCGUCAGAUUUACAACAUGAACGCGAGUGAGGACGUCGACGAGCCAUUGGUGCCUUUGGUGCUCGCGCCGCCGCCCGCGGUCUUAGCUGCCGGAAACGGAAACGUGCCCCCGGCCUCACCUGACAUACUACAGUGUAUAUCUGCGUGUGCGCAACAGACUCGAUUGUCUCUAGCCAACCUGCUGCCGUCGAGACAACGCCUCGAGCUGAUGCGUGAGAUGUACCACAACGAGGCCGAGCUGUCGCCGACGUCACCCGACCACAACAUCGAGUCGGUCACCGGCGGGGACCCCUUCUACGAUCGAUUCCCAUGGUUCCGUCUUGUUGGACGGAGCUUCGUAUACUUGUCGAACCUGCUGUACCCGGUUCCUCUCAUUCACAAGGUCGCGAUAGUGAACGAGAAAGGAGACGUGAAGGGCUACCUGCGCGUGGCCGUACAAGCAGUCAUCGACGCCGAAAAGAACAAUGCCGAGUUGGCAGCGGCUGGCGUGAAGCAAUCAGCGAAGAUAUCGUUCGACGACGACAUCGCCCCGACUCGCUCCCGACUUCGAGCGCUCUCCAGUCUGGACAAGAACAAUGCUCUUAACUUGGAGGAUCGUAUUGCUGAUGGCCAGGACUCUAACAUCAAAAUUGAGGAACUUGGCGUGAACGAAUGCGACGCUGACAGCGGACGCGGCGACAGCUCCCUAGCAUCGGAACUGAAAGACGAGGAGUUGCCAGAACACCUGACUCCCGGCCGCGAGUUCACGUUCCGGGUGACUGUCCUCCAAGCGCACAGCAUCGCCACUGACUAUGCUGACGUCUUCUGCCAGUUCAAUUUCUUACACCGAAACGAAGACGCGUUUUCUACAGAGCCUGUCAAGAACGCUGGAAAGAAUACGCCCCUCGGAUUCUAUCACGUACAAAAUAUCACUGUACCUGUAACAAAGUCGUUCGUCGAGUAUAUCAAGACUCAACCGAUUGUCUUUGAGGUUUUCGGUCACUACCAGCAACACCCACUACACAAGAUCCAUCAGGCAUUACCUCAAAAGGCAACAUUUCUGACGCCAUCCGUUUUGCUCCAGGACGCGAAGCAAGACGGCAUGGUGGGGGCGGGGCGCACUCCCCCCCGCCGCAUGCUGCCCCCCUCCAUCCCCAUCAGCGCCCCCGUGCGGAGCCCCAAGUGGGGCGCCGCCAGCGUGGCCCCGCCCUGCUGCUCGUCUCACCUCCACUCCAAACAUGAUUUGUUGGUUUGGUUUGAAAUUUGCGAACUGGCACCUAAUGGAGAAUACGUUCCAGCUGUGGUGGAGCACAGUGACGAGCUGCCUUGCCGCGGUCUAUUCCUUCUUCACCAAGGCAUACAACGCCGUAUCCGCAUCACCAUCCUGCACGAACCUUCGUCUGAUUUGCAAUGGAGUGACGUCAGAGAACUCGUCGUUGGUCGUAUACGCAACACCCCAGAAGCUAACGAAGACACGACAGACGGUGAUGAAGACGGCGCCCUGUCUCUUGGACUAUUCCCAGGAGAACGACCCACUCUUGACGAUAGAGCUGUAUUCAGGUUUGAAGCCGCUUGGGACAGCAGCCUGCACGGGUCACCGCUACUCAACAGAGUGAGCGCCAACGGAGAGGUGGUCUACAUCACGCUCAGCGCUUACCUCGAGGUGGAGAACUGCGGGCGGCCAGCGAUCGUCACCAAGGACCUGUCGGUGGUGGUGGUGGGCCGCGAGGCGCGCACCGGCCGCUCGCUGCGUCGCGCGCUGUUCGGCGGCCGCCACGCGCGCGCCGACCACCUCACCGGCGUCUACGAGCUCAGCAUGCAUCGGGCUUUGGAACCAGGUGUACAAAGACGACAGCGGCGCGUGCUGGACACGAGCGGCACGUACGUGCGCGGGGAGGAGAACCUGCACGGCUGGCGGCCGCGCGGGGACUCGCUCAUAUUCGACCACCAGUGGGAGUUGGAGAAGAUGACUCGGCUGGAGCAGGUGGGCCGCACGCGACACUUCCUCGCGCUGCGGGACCGCCUCAAGCACGGACACGAGCACACUGUUACUGCUAAUGACUUCACCAAGACAGAGAAGGAGGUAUGCAAUAUGGCGGCUAAGGCUGCGUCAGAGACGGCGAGAGAUGAUAACGACCGUGAGAUGGCGCCAGGAGAGAAGGAACUUGCGCUCAAAUACAUCAAACUCAUGCAGGGACGAAUAGGCUCCGGCGCAACAGGCAAAGAGGUAGAGACAGCCGUUUCACCAGCCACGCCUGUAGAUGAGGGCGUCUCAGCUGAUAUGUCAACUCCCAGUCUAUUGUCAUCCAUACACAGCGCUAGCAGCUUUGAAUUAUGUUCCCCCGAGCGGGCGCUCCUGGAGAAGUCCAUGUCGGGAUGGGCGGCCGGCAACCCUGGCGUGAUGUCCGCGGCCGGGGCUCUGUACGUCCCGGAGUGCGAGGAAGUGAGGGUCUCCGCCGCCGUGGCCCGCAGGGGCUACCUCAAUGUGCUGCAGCACGGAACUCACGGAUGGAAGAAGAGAUGGCUGGUGGUAAGGCGGCCAUACGUAUUCAUCUACCGCGACGAGCGCGACCCCAUCGAGCGCGCGGUCAUCAACCUCGCCAACGCGCACGUGGAGUACUCCGAAGACCAGGAGCAGAUGGUGCGGAUGCCCAACACCUUCAGCGUGGUGAGCAAGGAGCGCGGCUACCUACUCCAGACCCUCGGAGACAAGGAGGUCCAUGAUUGGCUGUACGCCAUCAACCCGCUGCUAGCCGGACAAAUCAGUUACUUGCACACAGGUCGCGGUCGGCGCGGCGCGGCGCUCCCGCCCCCGCCGCCCCCCCCGCCGCGCCUGCGCACGCAUGAGACCUCACCAUGGAGUCUAUCCUCGUUUUUUAAGUGCGUCAGUAACAACCAUCUCCAAAACAGGCCUGUACGCGCCGCGCAACGCCUUGGAUAUUGAAACGGCCACCGUUUUACUUAUUUAGGUCCUUAGGGUGAACUCAAUACUUUGCUGGACAGUAUACGAUAAGACGUACUGAAACAGUCAACAGCACAUCAAGUUACUCUGCAUGGAACCUCUAUAGCGUGAUAAUAGCGGCGAGUUUGUAAUGAAUUUGGGUAGGUUGAUGUGUUGUUGACUGUACCACGAGAAAAGGUACCUUAUGGAAGGAAGUAGCAAAGACGUUUCGUUUGCUCAUUUUUAUUAUUAUGCGCGUAGAACGUAAGCAACUGCCCUCCAUAGGGCACUUUUUCUCGUGGAACGUCAAAAAUAUAACGAUGUACAGUCUGCCACUGAGAAAUCUGACCCCCCCGCGAUUUGAACACCAUCUCUUAGGGGGUCAGAUUUCUCUGUGGCAGACUGUACAAUAUGGUGUCGAAGAAGUCAAAAUGACGGCUGAAUAAAGCGAGAGAUGGAAGACACUGUAAGUAUAUGCUUAAAUUUGAAUGCACUGAACAAGACACAAAAUUAGUUUAAUUGUUGUAACCGUUGCAUUCAGCUGUCCUGGAAAGUAAUGUGGUUAGUUUUCAAUUGUCAACUUUUGAUUAAUUAUUGAAUAAAGUUCACAUCUUUAAUUAUAGGAUUUUUUUUGAAACGACAGAUUUUAGAUUGUGUCAAAUGUAAGUUAAUCGAAUAAGGACCUAAAGAUACCAAGUUAUGGAUGUUGUAUGUCUGUGGCUGGUUUGGUGGGGUGAUUAUAGAUUUUUAUACGCGAAAAUUGAUAUGUGGUCCACUUCUGUCUGGCAUUAUAAUUUUAGUCUUAUAAUAAUUUGUUUUCACUAUUUGGGACCACAGAAUAUUGGAAAUAAUGAAUUUAAAUAUGAAAUGAUUCAAUUAAUUUAGCAUAUCUUUUAUUUAUUAGCAGUAAUAUAAAACCAGUGGCAUUUAAUGCGAAAUACGGUCUAUACGUAAAUAAAUUGUAUUAUAUAUGUAUCUAUGUUGAUACUGUUGGCCUUUUUACUAUUUGAGAGUUUUAAACUAUACUAACUGCCAAAUUACGUGUUAAAACAGAAUCGUAUACUUGUCCUUUUCGCACGCGAACAUUAGUAUAGGCGUCUUGCUCGCACAAUUUCAUUAUGAGUGAACCGCUGAUACAAUUAACGCUACCAAUAAGGACGGGUAUACAGUAUGUAACAAAAUAUCUGUAACCAAAGUACCUGGGGUAAAUUCUUUAUGCGAAGUUUCAAGUUAAUAUUAACAUUUGUAAAACAGGAGGCUUUCGUAUUCGUCGACGUCGUCGUAUGACGACUCCUUUUUUAGUGUUAAUAUGAACUUGAAACUUCGCAUAAAAGAUCUACUCAAGGUACCGCAUCACUCCUGGGGCUCGAUUCUCACGCAAUCAAAGUUCACAUCAUCAAUUUUCUCCAUUUUUUUUCACUGGCUUAAUUUACAAACGAAACAGUUUCAUCGAUCGAUGCGGUCGCUCAAAAUUUUGUGACGGUGAUUUUUGUAAAUUAAUGCACAAGCUAAACCUCAGAAAAAAUGGAUAAAACUAAUGAAGUGAGAAACGGGCUCAAGUUUAUAUGUUAAUAGGUGUUAUUUUAACAUCCUGUAUUUUUGGUGGUUGGUAAACAAGAGGGUCAAUCGUGGGUUGUGGGGACCAAACCGGUGCACAAAAUAACGACGGGGUAAGAAAUGAUAAUAUUUACCGAUUGAAUAUUAGAAUAACCUAAUCUGAACAAUAAUAUAUGUCUAGUAUAAUGGCUGUUUCAAUGUCUAUUAGGGUGGAUGCACGUCGUAUAUAAGCUUAGUAUUUAUUGUAACAUUGCGGUCUUUGGACCACGAUUUAAUCUAGAUGCAUAUUGUAUUAAAGCUCUUAUUUAUUCGAGAUAUUGAAAUUUUAUUGUGUAAAAGUGACAGCACACUAUCAACUUGAAAAGGGAUUGACCUACGCAUUAACUCGAGCCGUAACCUUUAUAUGAAACUUCUCCCAAUUGGGAGAAAUUUCAUAUGCUGUGCUUGCAUAAAGGUUACGCGGUUGCUGUGCAAGCACAGUAACCGCGUUGCAGUGCUGUCAACUUGGAUUUUUCAUAGUUUAAGAGUUGCGAACCCUUCCGAAAUUGAAAUAUUAUGUGUGUGUUGUCACCUGAAAUGGGAAAGACCGGUUGUGUGCGUCUUACACACCUCUUGUACAAUGGGUCACAUAGACUUGUCUUCCCAAGUUACUUGAUUGCCGAUCAAAAACUCCGUUUGUGAGUGGUUUUGUUAAGUUUCAAGUAUCGUGGUACAACGACUGGCGAAGGAUUGGUGACCGCACAAUACUCUUGUGCAACCAAAUGAAUUCGCGCACAAAACGUAUUCGCCAGCGAUGUCUGAUAGACUCCAUUUGUAAGGAAAUAAGAAUUUAAUAUGACUUGUAUUGAGAGAAAAAUAUUACUGAACAUACCUAUAAAGAAUUUCUUGUAAUGUUGGAUACAUUUUAUUAAUGUAACUUACCUUGUAUAUACGUAUGACCAGACCGGAACAAUAAAUAUAUUUUGAGGCUCGAAGGCCGAAGCUGGCGAUAGGCCGAAUUCGUAUGACGUCAUACGUUGAUUCUUUUCACAUUUUAGUAUCGAUUGUAAAUACAUAAUAAAUUAAUGACAAUGUAGUUAAAUAUAGACUACGCGUUACAAAAAAGAUAUAAAACAUUUUCUUUGUACGCUACUUCGUAGUUUGGAUUAUUUGUGUAAUUUAUUUUUUCUAUUUUUUUUCUCACUGGAUUGUAUAAAGUAGGUUAAUGUGGAUGUUACCGACGAUACGUUGUCUGUGGGUUUAGUCGAGACUCAACCAUUCCGCUGAUGUCUAGUCAAGUGACGCCGCGAGCGUCGCAUUGUAUGUGGUAGGGUAGGCUCCAUAGAUCGAUGCUAUGAUGCGAAUAAUCACAUACGAUUAAUAGAACACGUCACGUUCUAUUACACGAACACUUCAUCAGUCCAUAAAUCAUUGAUAUAUACAUAUAUAUCAUCGUAGUUAGAUAAUGUAUGUGACUGUAGUUUUAUAUAAUGUUCCUUUGACUUUGUUUCGUCUCAACGAUCUGUUGUAAGUCCAAGCUCUCUCGUUACUGCUUUGAUAAAUGUUAAAUUAUAUGAUAAUAUUGUCACUGUACUAUCGCUUCUAGGUGACUAUUUCCAAUCCUAAUAAAUCCAAGCGUACGUACAUAGAUAUUUAUGACAUAAGCUUAAGUGACUCUCGGUCUUUGUAAAUAAAAUAACUUAUUCGUUUGGUACUUAUUGGGUUACAGUUUCAUUAAAGAAAAUCGCUUUCCUUCUGUUACGAGUCCAUCACCGGCUUACAGUGAAUCGUAGACGUUAUAUAUUCGGCUAACAUUAGGAAAUAUCCUGAUAAUAAUUUAGUAUAGAAUAAAAACAUAGUUGUAAGAUGACAAAAAGUAUUAUCCAAAUUUAGACAUGCUGUGUGUUAUAAAUAUUUCAAUUGAAAUUAUUGUCGUCGAUAUUUUUGUCAUGGAUCUAACGUUCCGUUUACGACAUACGAUGUCUGAAAGUCUACUGCAGAAAUUUUUUUCUUCCAUUUUCUAUGAUUUUGCAAUAUGUCUCACCGCUGGGUGCAAAAUGAAUUAUAACGUCUUAAAAUCCAUUUUGUACUUUGUCAAUUUCUCGCUUUAAUGUAUAAUUCUAUUUACGAACGAAAAAUGAGAUCUCAAGCUAUCAUGACGUUAAUACUUUCAUUUCUAGUCAUUUUGUAUAACAUUCCAAAGUUUGUACAUUAUUUCCUUUUCAAAUAACUAGGGUAAAGUAUUUUGCAUAGCAAAAUGAUGUUUACGUAGUUGAUAGUGAGCAGGAUAAAUAAAUCACGGGCGUGGUCGUGCCGAAUGGACACUUAUGGAAUUAUUUUCUUGGUAAUUUCGUUUGCGUAAUUCUUUUAGUUGUUAUAUGUUUAAUUCUAAAAUCUUUAGAUGUAAAAGCGGAGGUUGAAUCAUAUAUAUUUUUAUAGAAAAUACUGUUUAAACUAUGCUGCUAUUUUUAUAGGACUAGUUGUUUUCUUACGUUACGUUUGUAAAGAAUUAUUUGUGGAAUGGGUCCGCGGGUAGUUUAUCGGAGCUUGUAUAAUUUAUUUAGUGCUUUUAUUAUGUAUACUGAUUGUUUGGAGCGGAGGUCGGGCGCCGUGCCGCCGCGGCUCUCGACCCUUGUGAUUUCGAUAGUGAUUGUUGAUUGUUGGGCGAGAAUGAUAUUUAAAAAAAUUAUAUAUUCUAUAUAUAAUUUAUGGAUUUCAUUCAAUUUAUGAAAAUAAGAACAAUGUAAUGAUUGGUAAUAUUACUCAUUGCUCUAAAUGUACUAUCAAAAUAUAUUAUACACAGUGUUAAAGGUCAUAAAUAAAAUGCUUUGAAAAUUUCCAAA